CCUCAUCCUGUGGCUUCUGCACAGACAGUCCCCCCAAACUUUUCCCCAAGGGUCUCUCGCUCCACAGUUCCAAGAGGUCACGGGUUCCUGACGAGCCCAUAGAAACAGGAAACCAUCCACUUUCAAACACUAAAAACCUGUUUCCUUUCCCUACCGCAAAUCAGAAUCCCCAGCCCAGCGUUCUUGACAGGUUCAUUGCGAAAGUGGGAGCUUUAAAGAGAACAACAAGCCUCUGGUGACAACGAUAUGAGGGGCUCACUGAAGUUCUUACAUGCCAAGAAAAUGAGAGAGAUAUUCCCAACUUUGAUUUUGUUAUCCUUGGGAUGUAACUUGAUUUUGGUCCCGCCAGUGGAUGGUGAAGUGGAAACAAGUCCGCCCGGCUUGACUUUGACCAAAACGGAGGGUCUCGGAAGUGAGCUGGGAACAGCUCUCCCACCUGCCUCAGAGGUGACAACUGCACUGAAUACAACCCGGGAAGAAGACAUAAAACACAGCUCUCCCCUAGAGAUUCAAGGACUGCCAACUGCAGCAGCGGCACAGCAGAGCAAACCCGUAAUUGUCACAAGUCCUAGUAGAGACAGCCACAUUGAUGGUGGCUCUACAAAUGUCAGGUCCACACUCACACCUAACAGAGCAGGAAUCCCAGCACAAAUUAAUCCAAAAAAGGGCUUUCUUCAAAGAGAUGUUUCUAAAGGAGCAACCGUGAACCAUUCUUCCAAGCAAUCCAGCUACAGCAGCAAGCCAAAUGCGGAUUCCAAAACACCCGGUUUUGAAACUACAAGGGGCAAGAACUGGUGUGCCUAUGUUCACACAAGACUCCAACCCACCAUAGUGGUUGACAACGUGGAAAGCUACUCAUCAGGCCGACCCAAGCCAUGCAACUGGAUGACUGGACCCUGUGGAUCAAGCUCCCAGUCAAGGACUCGCCAAGCGUACAGGAUCAAACAUAUGAUCGUGACAUCACUGGAGUGGAAGUGCUGUCCUGGAUACAGCGGAGGAACAUGCAAGCCCAUAGCACAACGGGAUCAAUUGCUUGCACACAGCAACCAGGCCGAGAGCAAUGCUGUCAGCGAGGAAGCACUGGGAAACCAACUGCAGCCGCGGCAGCAGCCAGACCUCAGCGACCCAGCUGUUGCACAAAAAAUGAAUGAACAGAUUAGCAGCCAGGAGAUGAAACUGACUUUACUACAGAAGAAGGUUGACAACAUUUCGGUCGUCAUGAGUGAUGUGAGCAAGACACUCUCCUCUCUGGAAGGCAAAAUCAAUGAAGAUAAGGGCAGAGACUUCCAGGCUUUUCUAAAAGGUCUCAAGUCCAAAAGCAUUACUGAGCUAGUCAAAGAGAUUGUAAAAGAGCAGUCUAAAGUUUUCCAAAAUGAGAUGCAAGAGAUGGUGGCCCAGAUUUUCAAGUCUGUGUCCAGUUUGUCUGAAGAUCUCGAGAGCACCAAGCAGUUGAUCAAAAGUCUGAAUGCUUCUCAGCAAAAAUGUUCCAUGGAGAUAGAAAAGAGGCCUACAAAAGUCGAGAUUUUAGAGAUAAGGGGUCAGAUCCUGCAUAUUGAAAAAGAUAUAAGUGUUACAUGUAGCAAGUCAAUCAAAGACCUGGAGGAAAAGCAGAGGUCGAUGGAAGUUGCCUUGGAGCAUCAAAGUUCAAGGAGCAACAUUUACUAUGAAUCACUUAACAAGACUCUGAGCCAAAUGAAAGAGGUGCAUGAACAGCUGUUAUCAGCUGAACAGAGUUCAAACCAAAACAUCCCCACAGCAGAUAAAUCAAUGACUGAUAAUCUUACGGAUUACAUGAUUGGCCUGCAUGAGAAAGUGAAGACACAGAGUUUGAUGGUUCUGCAGCUCUAUGAUGACCUCAGAAUCCAAGACAGCAAGAUCAGUAACCUCACUGUAGAAUUAGAGAUCCAAAGAGACAGCCUACAGGCAGAAUGUGAUCACAUGCUGUCCCAAUGCAGGAGAGACUUCCAAGCACAACUCAGGGGCACGGAGGAGGACAUGCAUUCUUUAAAUAAGACACUGGAGAACCUGGUGCUUCCUUUGGAUGAUAAAAUGGACAAAAUGAAUGAACAAAUUAAUGACCUUUGCUAUGACAUGGAGAUCCUCCAGCCCUUGAUUGAACAAGGUGUCCCUUUCACCCUUACAUCAGAGUAUGACCAACAGAUGGAAAUGGAAGCUAUAAGCAGAAAACUGGAAAAUUUAACCAGUACUGUGACAGGACUCAGUUCUACCAUUGAAGAACUUGACAAAAGUCAGAAGGAGCUUAAAAAUGAAGUUCACACUCAGGAUGAAAUCUCUGAGAGGCAAAUUAAUGAAUGUUUUGUUUUAAUGGAGGAUGGCAUAAACAAGACCAUGAUGGUGAUCAACAAUGCCAUAGAUUCUAUCAAAGAUAGCUAUGUGCUGAAAGAAACCCUGAAUGCCUUCAAAAAUGAUACUGACUCUUGCUGCAGUGGUGCCAAAAAGAUGGAAAGCUUAUUGACAUUGAUACCUCAGUUCCAACAGAUGAACAAAUCCCUUCAAUUGCUAAUCAGUGAUAACCAGAAAGUUGCUUCAGAAACAAUCCGGUCUUCCAUGUCUUCAUCUGGUGAAAACAUUGUCCCUCAUAUGAGCAGAGUUCGCCAUCAUCUAAACACAACCUCAUUCAACUUGCAAGAGUAUCAGCAAGAUACAGGUCACCUGGAUGAGAAUCAAUUGGGCUCUACCCUGGAACGCAAAGAUUAUGAUGUUCGCCUGCAAGCUGUGGAAGGCAAAAUAACCAAGUUUUUAGCAAACAACUGUGUCUCAGUAAGAAAUGUCAAAGCUACAGUAGCAGAACAGAAUAAAGUAGUCUCUAUGCAGCUUCAGUCCUUGAGUUCCAGGAUCAGGGCCCUUGAAGCCAAAUCCAUACGCUUCUCUGUGACAAUCCCUCUCUUAAACAAAACUGCCUAUGAAGCACGGAGCAUGUGUGAAGAUCUCUCUGGAAGCAUUAACGGCAUGAAUACCAGCAUCCUCCACAAGUUAGCGAAACCUGCUCAUUCAGACAGCAUGCUGUUUCAGAAAGGUUUGCAAGAGCUCACUGAAUCCAUGCUAGAGGUCAAAGCAGGAACUAUCCUAUCCAAUCUAACUUGGUAUGUGGACAAGUCCAUCACAGAUGCAGUAAGCAAUAUCACCAAACGUUUGAAGGCAAUGCCUGUAGUUCCAAAGAAACCACCACCUGCGAAAAAGAUGCCAGCAAACACUAUUGUAAACCAAGCUGGGCGAAGUCAAAGAAACACAGACACCACCAUAGAAGCAGGUGAUUAUCUGAGUUGCAGUAGCAGCCCUUGCCAAAACGGAGGGACCUGCAUCAAUGAAAAGAAGAGCUUUGUUUGUGCUUGCCGCUAUCCCUUCGGAGGAGCCAACUGCAGCACAAAGUUGGUGGAGGAAAAUACUCAGGCCAUAGAUUUUUCAAAAGGGUCUUACAGGUAUGCACCAAUGGUAGCCUUUUUUGCUUCACACACUUAUGGGAUGAAUUCUCCUGGCCCUAUUCGAUUUAACAAUCUGGAUGUCAACUAUGGAUCCUCCUAUGUUCCAGCAAAUGGAAGAUUCCGUGUGCCAUAUCUUGGUGUUUAUGUCUUUGAAUAUACCAUUGAAUCGAACAGUCCAGUCAUCUCAGGCUACCUAGUGGUUGAUGGAAUAGACAAGGUCGCUUUCAGGUCUGAAAAUGCCAACGAUAGCAAAUACGUUGACCGAAUGGUUAAGGGAGAUGCCUUACUGGAAUUGAACUAUGGACAAGAAGUCUGGCUCAGGCUGGCAGCAGGCUCCAUUCCAGCCAAAUACCCACCUGUAACUACAUUUAGUGGCUACAUCUUGUACCGUACUUAGGAGUUACACACAAAGCCCUGAUCCACCAAGGAAGCACCACUGCUUUCCCCUUUGCUUCUAACAUGAUUCUACCCAAUACAGGAGGCAAACCUGGUGAUUCCUCUGUCAGUGGGACUCCCUAUCCAUUGCAGCUUUUAUUCUGAUCAUUACAGAAGCUAUCCUGGGUGCUCCAUCGUGAUGAACCUAUUUUGAAAUAAUGCUAUCCAUGGUGAUGAUGUAGGAGUCACCUGCCUCAGCUGCAAUAAAGUGAAUCUCAUUUCGGGUCCCAACCUAUUCUUUGGUAGGGCCCCUAUGCUUUUAACAGCAGUAGAAGAGAUAGAAUUAGGCAUGAAAUCUAUAUCCCAUCCUUGCCUUUCCAUGCUGGAGAAAGCUUUAUUGGUUGUAUGUUUGCCUGACAUGCAGUUAAAAACAGAGAAUACCUACCAGGAAAUAGGUAGCCAGGUAGUCUAACCUCAUUAGAUCAUUAUCUAGAUUUUAAAUUUGCAAGAGUGCCAGAAUCCAUCUUGUGUAGGCUCAGUGAAAGACUUUGCAAUCUUUCCUGUACAUUUAGCAUUUUACCUUGCUUUUGCAUCAUUACAAAAAGGAUAUACAGCGGGUGAUGAAUGUUAUCAGCAGUGCUGAGUUAAUUUGAUUUCAGUAGCUUUCAGUGGUUAUAUUACCUAGACAAGGGAUAGGGCAACUUCAGUCUUACAGGAUCUACCUUGUUUUUAGUUUUUUCUAGAAAUCUGGAGCCUGCCACCAAAUAGUGGCAUGCAAAUGACAUUGAGAGAUGAGUUGACUCCAAGCGUAUUCGUUACCCAGAAAUAUGUUUUCAUACCCGGAACUAGGCUCAGUCAUGUACUAGUACAUGCCCUCCUAGAUUUCUUCAUUACAGCAACUUCAUUUGGGGGACUGAAAACUUUGUCACUGCUGCUACUUUUAAACAGUUUGGGGUUGGCAGAAUGUUUCUCCUGAGAACCAGUCAGUGUUUAAUCCUAUGUGGCCGCCUGUAAUUUUCCAAACUUGGAAAGUUACAGGCAUCCCACUGAGUUCAGAGGUGAGGUUUGUCUUUGCAUCCCCCUCUCUUUGUAAGCAUCUUCUUCUUACUUUCGAUGCGGAUGGGCUGAGGCACUACCUGGAUUCAGCAGGAGUCAGGGGCAUUUGUCCCCUGCUCUCCUCGCCCUCUGGAACACCUCCCCAUGCCUGUCCUGAAGAUGGUCUUCAGGAUGGAGGUGGGCUUUCCAUAGGUAAAACUUCUGCUGCAACUUUGGAAGGUUUUUCCUAUGCUGAAGCUGGGAUCGCACCUUUUCCUGUGGCCGGCCAGACGGUGCUUCUCAGCCAUAGGAUUAUGUCCUUGGGGAUCUACCAGUCAGUACAGAAGUAUUUUCUGCCAAUCCCUGGCAGUCAUCUGCUCAUACACGUUGCUCAGAGCAUGUUGUCUCUGCAUCUGUUUACAUGUUGGGGGGCAGUUGGUGGGAGGAAAGUGAAGUGGGGUGGAAAGGACCCAUGGGAUAAGCCCCACUUUUGUGAACAGAAUAUUCACGUAUGCCCUUCAGCAGGAAAAGCGUGCAUCAUGGGUUAAGUUCUCCCAGCUCACGGGGACCUUUGAAGGUUUGGAUUCUAAAUUUAAAGUGACCACAUUUCAUUAAGUCUGGAUCUUUAUUUGCCAAAUGUGGUUAAAUUUCUUCCUUAUUUAAAGCUAUGUUCAGAGUUCUACUUAAUACAUCUGUACACUCUUGGUUGGCUUACAUUUUGUACCUCAUGUUAAAGCUGCACCCUUAUUUGCUCACUCUCCAUUUUGUGGUUAGUCAGAUGUGUAAAGGUGUACUUUUCACUAUGAAAGGUCUGCAUUUAAACACUGGAAUUCCAGGAGGUGAAACCUCUCCAUAAUGGCCCAUUUUCUAGAGCUUUUUAAUAAAUCGACUGGUGUGCAUUUAACAGAUUAAUAAAUUAAUCAAAUUGCUAAAGCAAGGGCAAACUUUGAGAGUUUUGAAUGAUGGGAGUUUCUUUUGCUUCUAAAAAACAUUAAUUGUUGAGAAAAAAUAUCUUUAAUGCAUUGCUUAAUUCCAGAAAAAGUAUAGAAGUUGCUUGUCAUCAGCACAGCACUCCAUUCACAAGGGAGAGCUUUGAUGAAAAUCUGAUUAAAAGUCCAUAUAUUUAAUCUGUGGUUAGUAAAUUAGAGAAUUAAUAGCACCAGUUAGGGGAUUAACACUUUCAUCUCCUUCACUUCCUGAAGGGUUGCAUUCACUAUUGCCUGGCAAGGAAACUAUGAUGGCGAAAAUAUCAACCAAAACAGUAGAAGAAGCAUUAUAUACUCCCAAUCAUAACUGAGAAUAGUUUCAACCUGCCCCAUUUUUUAAAAAACUGCUUUAAAAAGUUUAUAACUGUUUACUGUUUAUAAAACCAACCUGCAGUGCACCAUGGUCCCAGAAUGUAUAUAAUUCAGCUCCUUCCUCUAUCAGUGAACUAUCUUUCUACAGAUCCUUAGAAUCCCUGAUUUGUCACUAACCUAUCCUAGCAUAUCAUUGAAUUUUUUCAGAUGUCUUACCCACGUGGCUCAGUCCCUCCCCACCCCUUGUACGACUUUGUCAGUUUAAUAACCUGUUUAGUCCUCUUUAUUCCUGCAAUGGAUAGGGCUAAAUGGUGUGGAAAUUACCCUGCAGAUGAAAUUCAAAUGACCCACUGGAGGCUGCAUCUCUCUCUUUAAAUAUGACUUUCUUUGCCCUUCCUGCCCUUCUACGAAAUCCUUCAAGCCAGGUCUCUAUCUGCAGAGACUCUAAUUGUUUUCUUCCAAACUCAUAUUCCUGAUAGGCUUUCUUGUUAGUUUUCCUCCUGUUACAAUACAUACAUACAUAAAUAAUUUUCAGAGCAGAACUCUGACCUAUCCUAUGAGGGAAGUGAAGCAAAUCUUGAGAGUAAAAUAUGCAUCCUAAGUGCGUACCCAAUUUGCUUUUUGUUUUGUUUUUGUUUUUAGUACGCACAUAUUCAAAUCACCAUCAUUAUUUUCUUCUUGAGCCUUGAUGAUUAAAUUUAAUCAUGGAACAGAUGGAUCUUUCUAAGUCUGAUAUUUUAUGAGUUAAACUAACAUGAUGCUUCCUUAACAGCAGAAAUCUUUUGAGUGUUCUGACACUUCCCUCAAAAGACAUGUCAACGUUUUCUAUAGUACUUGUGUGGUUUUUCAGCAGGGUUCAGUUUCAGCUAAAGGAAAAUUCAGCGUUAUUGAUGCCCAUGAUAUCACCAACUGACCAAGCCUUUAUCCCAAGUGUGCCCUUGCAACUCUCUUUCGCAUAUUUGUGGUUAUUAUUGCUAUUAUUUUGGCAAGCUCUGUGCGUGCGUGCGUGUGUGUGUGAGUGAGAGAGAGCGAGCGUGCUACAUACAUGCAUGUGCAUCAGAUCCAGGUUGAAACAAGGGUAAGAUGAUCCAUGUGACCUUUCUUGGAGUGUUAACUCUGUCCUUACAGCCCAUAAUUGCUGUAUUUCUGAUUGGAGUAGCCCUAUUCAGGCAUUGGGGCUGCAGGUAGAAAUCCCUGAGCAGAGGGGAGGGCUGCAUUGGCUAGCCCCCUUCCUAAUCUCCCUCACCAUGCUAGGCCUACAGCCUCAGGGCCUGAGCAUAUGGAACGUGUGCACCAUGCCCUUUGUUGGGUACCUGCGGCACCUUGAUCGGCAGUAAAGAGCAUGACAAACAAUUGUUUGGAACAGGCAGACCUGGCACAACUCUGUCCCUGCUUAUACGUUGUUUCAAGACAGAGCCCCCCUCCUGAGGUGGGCUAUUGUUUGGUGUGGUUUGAAAUGUUUCAUUUCUUCUGAGAAGGAUUUGUAAGAAUGCAAAACUUCACUAAUAAAAUGGACAGAAAUAA